GUAAGGUACUCGUGUGCUUGCCUCUCAAGAUUGGUCCAGCCAGCCAAACGCAGAAUAAAAGAAAGAAAACUCUGCAGAGCACCACGAUCACAUAGCAUAAACCUCUAGACUUUCGGCCCAGAGAGUCUACUUUGCGCUCGGAGCGUGCGCAGUCGAAGCCGGUUGAUCGACAGCAGCACAAACAUGGGCAGGCCGUCUUCCACGGAGAAGCUGGUGUGCGUGGCCCUGGCGGCGCUGGCCGUGCUGUCGCCGCUGUACAUGGACCGGGAGGCCGAGGCGGAGGAGGAGGAGGAGGAGGAGGGCUGGGGCCUGCUGCUGCCGUCGGCGCUGUGGCUGCCGGCGCUGCUGGUGGUGCUCAUCCUGGCCAUCAACGUGGCGUGCUUCGUGGACCGGAGGGUCGUCAGGUUCGACCCCUACUGGAUCCACCGCGUCGGGGGCUCCUCCUGCGGCCUGAUGGCCAUGCUGCUGCUGCUCGGCUUCGUCCUCAAGUGCAAGGCCUCCUUCUAGGCUCCCUUUUCUUUCAUUUCGGAUGAUGAAUCGAAAGCAUGGGGCAGCUCCUGCCUGAUUGGCUAGUUCUCGUCUCUGCUCCUCUAUCUUGACUGAAUCGUACGUGUUGUUGAGCGCACCGCUAUGCAGUGUAUAGUGUUUCUGGUGCUAGCAAAAGGAAUUCAGUUAUGUCCAUGGUUACUGAGAGGUUUGAGCUCUUUCUCACCGUCUGGAUUUGUAUAUAUAUUUUCGUCUCUUGGCACGAGGCUUGGGAAGGCUUUGCCAUGUUGCCUUCUA